UUAGGUGCCCACCAAAGUUGGUGUGCAAGGUAAGUGUGUUUGGGCAUGCAUCUAAGCUUAUUUCUUGACUUCUCAACAUGGUUUCUUAACUUGAGUAGUUCCUUGAUUGAGUUAGUUCGCAAUUCAGGUACCGAGCUCUACCAAGUUGCAUUGCCGCCCCCACCAAAGUUGGUGCCUACUAAGUGUUUUGGGGUAUCUAUCUUUGGUUCUCAACUUGGGUUCUUGAUCACUGAUCAGGGUUCUCAACAUGGGUUCUUAGCCUGAGUUCUUAAGUUGAGUUCUUAAGUUGAGUUCUUAACCUGAGUUCUUGAGUUCUUAAGUUGAGUACUUAAUUUGAGUUCUUAGUUUGAGUUCUUAAGUUGAGUAUCAAGCUCAGUUCUUGACCAGGAUUCUCAGUUUAGGUCCUUAACUUUGGGUUCCUUAGUUGAGUUCUUGAGUUUAGGGUACCUGAGCUUAGUUCUUGACUAGGGUUCUCAAGUCAGGUUCUUAAAUUGAGUUCCUUAGUUUUUUUCUGAAGUCUUGUUUCUUGCGCCCGGUAACGACAGCAAAGGGCAGGAGCUAUCGAUCGGCAAGAAGCACGGAGGCAAGUUGAAUUUCAGCAGCUGAACUUGAGAGAGGGCCAUGCAUGCAAAACAUGGAUGGCUUCUCUUACAGUCCAUUUUAGGCAAUUUGCUAAUUUUAGAAUCAUCAUAACAAACAGAUUCUCUCUCAGAGUCUCAGAGAUACCACAUCUUGGUUGUCUUCUGGUUUAUUGGGGACUUCAAUCAUUCAAUGGUCUCUUUGAUUAAACCGAUUGCACUGCUGAAGCUAGAGUUGAGAAAAAAGCUACUGCUUCCUGCUGGGAUUAAGCAGCCGACGUCGGAGUUUGUUUCGGCACACUGGUGACAGCAUGCAUCCGCUCCAAACAGAAAGCUUCAGAGCCCCUCCUGUCCACAUCAUCUGCUCCUAUUGCUUGGUAGUAGUCUCUUCUACUGUCUAGUAAAUACCUCCCUUAGAGUCUGUUGGCGAAAAGGAGACUUUGUGUGUAUUCGUUACUCAUAAUACUCAGUGCAAAUUCAUGUGUAGCAAGCUCACGCAACCUUUUUUGUUGACGUGGCGAUCAAUCGUGUGUAAUCCAUGGCUAAGCAUAUCUUUCAGUCAGUCGGAAACAUUGCGGGACAGCUGAAUGAAGGACGCGGAGGAGCCAAGACUGUUUAAGAGGGGUUGCAUGAAACCCCCAUAGAUGGCCCUCUCUCUGCAUCCCUUGGUUCUCAGAGAGACUGUUGAUUUUUCACUAUUGCAACGGGGCAAUCACGGCGCGCGCAUCAAAAAUGGAUGGAAGUCAGGAGAGUCGUGAAGCUCAUGAUGUGGGAGAGUAGGAUAAGAGGCAAGGUGGCAACUUUCUGCUUACUGUGCGAUAAACAUUCAAUAACUGAUGAUCUGGGAAAGGACACCGAGCUCAUGUGCUGCUACUAUGUAGAUUAGCAUGUAUGUUUGACUGGAUCCAUGUCUCGACUCUCGAUGCAUGCUUAGGAGAGGAGGAGGAGGAGGAGGGUGGUGGAGCGAGACGAUCACAAAGGAGGAGGUUCCUACAAGCUACGAUAGCUCCAGCUUUUGUGAAUGGCUUGCCUUCGAUGUUUGUCUUGCCUUUGAUUUCCAGAGACAGCAACGCACUAUUAGCGGUGCGCGAUGCCCGUCUUCUUUCCUGUAAUCAAUUAGCUGCUGGUACUGUCAUUGUGCCAUAAAUUGCGGGACAGGUAAGGAGGUGCCGAGGCCCGGUUCAUGUACCUGCUGCUACGACGAGGAGUGGCGAGUUGAGCCGUGCAUGCAGUGCUGGCAGUGCAAGGACUGGCGAGUUGCGGGGUGUCUAACGCACAAGUGGGAACGAGGAAGAUGAUGCAUGAAAUGAGGAGAGGAGAGAAAUUAUAGCAGGAGUCACUACACCCAGAGGAACGUGCUAUGCCUUCGAUUUCUUUCCCAUGCUCCAUCUGACCCAUCUCUACGGGACUGUUCAAGCGACACUGCAGCUCCUCAACCUGAGACCGCAGAACCUCUGCCCCGAUCGCCAACAACACUGUUGUUUGGAGCUGUUUGCAGUUUGGUUCUUGUACGCGGAAGUGUCAGAACAGACCUCCGGCAUACGCAAAACUUGUUGAACCCGUCCUUCAGCUAUGGCGGGGAGUUCGGUCUGGGUGGGGAAUAUUGAUCCAGCUGGUCCAGGAUUGAUCUAGGUCUGGCAGGACUGGUCCAGCUGGUUGGAUGGAACUAGGUCAGGAGUCAGGACCCAUUAGGGUGUAUUGUUAGGAAGUUCGACUUCGUAAGUUGAUGUAAAGGAGAAAUUACGGACAGCCGAGCACGCACUGGAGUCUUGCCUGCUACUGUGCUUUGCUUUGCCCACUUGUCCCUUGCAACUGUGGUCUUUCUUGUCAGGUCCCAUUAGGAUGUAUUAUUCGUAAAAUUGACGUAAAUUCAACUUCAUAACAUGACCUAAAGGCGAAACCACAGACAGGUGAGCACGAAUCAGAGUCUUCCCUGCCUGCUAUUGUGUGCUUUGCUUUGCGGCCUUUGCCCACUUGUCGCUUGCAUCUGUGGUGGUUUCUUCAUUAACCAACCUUACUCCUCCCUCAAUUAGCUGCUGCUAGAGGGAGGAGGAAGUAAGGAAAAGACCUCGACUUCCUAAGGCGUCCUAAAGCUUCGUAAAACUUCGUGUUUCUCCUCUCUGUUCCUCUUGCACGGUUAUCGCUUUUUAUGCGUAGCAGUUCUUUGCUGCUUUGCAUUCCAGCAGUGGUUGCUCGCCGCAAAAGACCACUAUGUCACAACUUCUCUCAAGGCUUCACUGCAAUGACUAACCACAGUCAUUAGGGACGAAAGGGCGAUCCAGCAGUGCGCAUGGCAAUGCAGAAAACUUGUGAAGUCCAUGUAGACGCUUUGCGAACGGUGUGCAGACGACCUGCACACUCUUUGUUGGGAAUAUGGUUCGCAGAUUCUUUGUUGAGGAAUUGAAUGCACUUCACAGAUGGUUUGCAGAUGCUUCGCGGAUGGUUUAUACAUGCUUCAUGCUUCACAUAUGAUUUGAUGGACAACACGCCACAGAAUGCGGUAGGACGCAACUUUGAUUUGAGGUGGUAUCUGUGGCUCGCACCGCUUUUGCAGCAGGUUUCAUCCGAAAUUUCAUACUGCAGUACUGCUGCUGGCUGCAGGGCACUUGGUGUACAAGCUUGCAACAGUGCUUUGCUGCACGUAGCUCUGUUGGACCAGUGAUUUCAUUUGAAGACACCUUGUAGCAGCAGCUGGUUAUGCAGCAGUGCUGGGUUGCAUGUUGACAACUUAACUGUGAACUUUUCACAUGCUUCGUAAACUAACAAACUUCCAUCUUUGUG